UGGUUAGUGAGUCACCCAGCAGUCAUAAACUCUAGAACAAUCGUAAGAGAGAUUAAUUCAUUGAAAAUGGAAACAUCCAUUAUCAGUUUCAUCGGUUUCUCUCUUUUCAUAACACUUCUUUCAACAACGUUAAUUUGGAAGAGACUGCAAUCAAUCCCAAAGAACCAGCCACCAUCUCCGUGGAGGUUGCCAAUAAUUGGACAUUUGCAUCUUUUGAAGGAUGCUCUACCCCAUCAUACUCUCAGAAAACUCUCCCAGAAGUACGGUGAUCUGAUUCAGUUACAACUCGGAGAGGUUCCUACAAUCGUCGUGUCUUCCCAGCGAUUAGCCAAAGAGAUACUGCGAACUCAAGAUGCCACUUUCGGUAACCGGGGAGAGAUUCUGGCUGGGAAGAUUAUCGGCUACAAUUGUACAGAUAUUGCUUGCGCUCCAUCAGGCGAACACUGGAGACAAAUGCGCAAAAUCUGCACUUCGGAACUCCUCAACUCUAAAAAUGUCCAGUCAUAUGGCUCGAUAAGGCUCCAAGAAGCUCACAAUCUCAUCACAUCUAUUGAAGAUCUGGUUGGCAGUUCUACAACAAUUAAUGUAACGGAGAAACUGGGCCAGUACACUAGUUCCAUGGUUGUAAGAGCAGCAUUCGGAAAAGUUAGUAAGGACGAUCAAACUGCAUUCUUAGUACUGAUCAAGGAGUUAUUGCCACUUUCCAGUGCCUUUGAGAUAUCUGAUCUGUUCCCUUCUCUAAAGUUUCUACAUCCCUUCUUUUCCAACAAGAAUAAAUUGAUGGCCAUCCAUCGUAAGCUAGAUAGACUGCUUGACAACAUUAUUGAUCAGUACCUCGACAAAAACUUGGCCAUCUCAAAAGCGUCCUCCACUGGUGAAAGCGGAAAUGAAGAUCUAAUUGAUGUUCUGCUGAGGGUCAAGGGUAACGACGACCUGCAUGUUCCGGUCACCAGGAAUAAUAUCAAGGCUAUUAUGGUUGUAAGUGUUAUACGCCCCGCCUAUUACUCUUUUUUCGUGUUUUUUUUUUACCCCUAACUAAUGAUCUAUCGUAUACAUGUAACAUGAAAUAAUGAUGAAAAUUUCCAACUUAUUCAGGAUGUUUUUGUUGGGG